AUGGAAUUAUUAAACAAUUAAGAGAAGGAAUUAUUGAGUAGAUAUAAUAAAUACAUUUCCAAUACAAGGACCCAAGAAACAAUUAAAUAUUCUGACAUAUUCAUUGGAAAGCAUGACAUUGAUGUUGGAUAAUUAAGAGACGAGAUGAGAUUUCAAAAUACCAAAAUGGGCAUUAAAUCUUCAUCAGGCACUAAUAGAGAUGAGUUCAAGAAUAUAAUGUUGGAGCUAAGAAAUAAUUAGAUUUAAAAAAGAGAGAGCGAUAAAAAGAGCAAAAAUAAGAAUAGUUAACUAAUUGAGGACAAUUCAAAAUAGAAAUAAUUUGAGUAGAACUAGAAAUUAGUAAUUAAAGAAUGCGUGGAUAAGCCUGAGAAACAAGCAAGGUAGAAAUCUGCUUUGUCUUAAGAUUAUCCAGAAUCAAAAAAAAGAUCGGAGAGAAUAAGCAGUAAACAAUCUACAUUGGAUAUUUAAAAAUAAUUUAAUGAGUAUUAAUAACAAAUAAACAGUUAGAAAACUAUUGCAAUAACUUGAAAGAUUGAUAUAAAUGAAAAAGAUAGAUAGUAAAUUCUUCUUUGGCUUAGUUAAAAGACACAUUGAAGAGUGUCCUUAGUUUGGCAAGAGAGUCAAGGAAGAAAUAAAAGUACUAUUAAAUUAGUUGUUAUGA